AUGCAGGUAUGCUCGACCUGGCGGGCCGUGUCCCGAUCCGAUCUGCUGUGGCAGAACCUGACCCGGCGGAUCUGGAAUCGACACCGCCGUCUCCACGACACGUGGCGCGAUGAGUUCGUCUUCCGCCACGUCACGUCCCGCAACUUCCUCGCGGCCCGAUACGUCCACACCACCUUGCACUUUGUCCCCUCCGACGACGACAAUAACCACAACAACGACAACAACAACGUUCGGGAGGGCCGGCCGUCUCUCCACGCCGCCUCGCCGGACUACCUGGCCGCUGGAUUCUCUGACGGCUCCGUCCGCCUAUUCCACCUGCCUGCCGGCUUUCACCUCUCCACUCUCCGUCCCCACCACCGCGACGACCGCCUUGGCCGAUUCUCCCGCGCCGUCUCCGGAAUUAUCCUGUCCGACAACCGCGUUGUGUUCGCUUCACUUGACGGUGACGUCCACGUGGCACCCACCAAUGAUGGUCUGCCGCCUCGCAGGGCCCAGUGGGGUGAUGUGGUGAACGACGGUGCUCUCGUCGACUUCAGCGGCUGUGAUCGGUGGUGGGUUGGCCUCUAUGCAGGCGUUCCAGGUCGUGCCUUCCACGUGUGGAACGGCGAAACUGAAGAGCUGGUCUUCGUGGGCGGGUCACUUACCGACCCGGCGGCGGUGAUGGGUUGGCACUUGCUCAACGAGCUCACCGAUUUCGUGGGCCGGGUCCGAGUCACGAGCCACGAAUCAGCCGUGGCAUGCACCAGUCACCGAUUCAUCGUAUUUGACCUAGGAAAUUUAGGCCUAGUCCUUGCUGACGAAGAGCUCCAACGGGGCCUCAUUGUCAGCUCCGUGGAUGCCGCAGACGACGCGUUCGUCGCGGUGGACUCCCGUGGUGGCGCUAUUGUGCGCCGGGUGAGCACGCUAGAGGAACUGUUCGCCUUCAAUGUGAGGGGCGCGUCGCAGAGGGUGUUGUUAGGGUGCAUGAACUUGGGGUACGUGCUAAUGUGCUCCGGUGGUGUGAUCAGGCUGUGGGACUGGGAGGGGGAGAAUGGCCGAUAUUUAUACUUUCUGAGGGAAAGAGUGGGAGAGGUCAGUGCCAUGGUGGCGGAUGACAGACACGUGGCAGCCUGCGUAAGUGAUAACACAAUACAUUUGUGGGAUUUCGGGGCACAAUAG